AUGUCCUUCCGAACGCUCGCCGCCCGAGCUGCUGGUUCGGUCGCCAAUGCUGCAGGCAGCUGCACUGUUCGAGGUCGAAGCACGGCACAACCCGCAAUGGCACUGGGUAUCCGGGCGCUCUCGAGCGAGGCCAGCACCAUCGGAGAGCUUCCCGGCGACGAACCCGACGAUGUCGUCUUCGAGAGCAGAUACGGCCUGCGGACGGUCAUGCUCAACCGUCCGAAGAAGCUCAACUCUCUCAACGGCUCCAUGAUUCGCAAAAUCGUGCCCCGGCUCAUCGAGUGGGAGAAGUCGGACAUGGCUAACGUGGUGGUGAUGAAGGGCGCUGGCGAAAAGGCCCUCUGCGCCGGCGGAGACGUCGCCGCACUGGCCACCUACAACCAGGACGGCGCCGAUGGUUGGAGAAAGUCGGCCGAGUACUUUGGCCUCGAAUACAAGCUCGACCACUACAUUGCGACGUAUCAAAAGCCCUACAUCGCCUUCAUGGAUGGCAUCACCAUGGGCGGCGGCGUUGGCCUGAGCAUCCACGCCCCGUUCCGAAUUGCCACGGAACGGACGGUGUUUGCCAUGCCCGAGACGACGAUCGGGUUCUUCCCGGAUGUCGGAGCCUCCUUCUUCCUGCCCCGGAUGAACGGGUCCGUCGGCACCUACCUGGCCCUGACGAGCGAGAGGUUGACGGGCCCAAACGUCUUCUACGCCGGCGUCGCCACUCACUACCUCCACUCGACGAGCCUGCCAGACCUCGAGGCCCGGUUGGCCGAGCUCCGGUUCCGCGACCAUGACACGCUCGCGACGAGAUUGGAGGUGAUCAACGACACGCUCGAGGAGUUCUGCACGGGCCUACCCUUCAACCAGCCGAUGCAGCUGAGCGGCGAGGUCCGGAUGGCCAUCGACCGCUGCUUCGGCAAGAACAACGUCAAAGACAUCGUUGCCGCCCUCGAGCAGGAGCGCGGCGAGACGGAAGAGUGGGCGCGAAGGCAGAUCGAGACGCUGCACAAGCGGUCCCCCACGGCCGUCCACGUCGCGCUGCGGCAGAUGCGCGUCGGCCGCAAGUGGGACAUUGCCGAGGCGUUCGAAAAGGAGCACCAGAUGGCGUCCAAGUUCAUGCAGCACCACGACUUCACCGAGGGCGUCACGGCGCUGCUCGUCCGCAAGGAGAAGCCCCAGUGGCAGCCCGAGUCUCUCGAGGCCAUCCCCGACAGCGACAAUCCGGCCAAGCCGUUCUUCGAGUUUGAGAAGAAGAAGGGGUCGCUCGAACUCCUCAGCGACCGCACCUACGCCGAAUACCCCUUUGCCGCGCUCGGCGUGCCGUCGGAGAAAGAGAUUAGGACCAUUAUCAAAGACAAUUCCUUGACCGCCGAGGAGCUGUCCGGGAUGGUCGUGGCCUCACGCAAGGGACGACAAGGCGUCUCGGAUGUGGUGAAGGAGAUCAUGGCGAGGAAGACGACGGUAGACGCCGAGGGCAAGGUGAAGUGGGUCACCGACGACAGUGUUGCAUCGAGUCGGCUGUAG